AUGAUAGAAAAGGCUAUCUGUGUGGCCUUUGCAGAAAAACUGCCUCCCACAAAAGGUGUCUUUUUUGCACAUGACUUAACUCUUAUGACGAGGAUCAGAGUUUCAUCUGCAAAUGUGUAUAUAGUACAUGGUGAUGAAGGGAGUGUCUGGAAGCUGGGAUGGGUAAAAGAAUUAUAUUUAAUUUGGGGAAAGGUACGGAUCAUGAGAAAUCUCUACUCUCCAGAGUGGAAUCGUAUUUUUGCUAAUUUUAAGAAGAUGCCAUACUUUUUCCAUGGAAGCCUGUUAUUUUCAAACCAGAAAAGGAAAAUUCCCGGCUUUAAACAAUUUCUCAAGACAGUGACCCCUUCCCAAUACCCAGAAGAUUUUUACUUCAGUAAACUCUGGGCUCAGUUUUUUCGAUGCUCACUUGCUGGAUCAUUCUGUGGCAAAAUUGGAAAGUGUCCACCAAAUUCUUCCUUAGAGUUUCUACAGUCUGAUUUGGACAUAAUGACCAUGUCUGACUCCAGCUUUUUCAUCUAUCAUGCUGUGCAUGUGGUGGCUCAAGUUCUUUAUAAGACACUUUUGCAGAAAAUAGAAAUGAGAUAUCCAGGAGAUGUAGUCCAACCUAUUCAUCACUGGCAGCUCCAUCCAUUUCUGAAGAAAAGCCAACUGACAAAUAGCAUUGGAUACAACAUGCCCCUUGGUGAAAGCAGAAAUACGAUACAGUAUGAUAUCCACAACCUUGUGAGAUUUUCUAAUAACACCUGGCUGUUAGUUAAAGUAGGAGAUUUUGUUUACAGGAACACCCAUAAUCUUGGCUUGGUCAUCAAUGAAGAGGUGAUAAACUGGCCUGUUAAAUUCAAAGAGACUCCUGAAUCUGUGUGUAGCCACAGUUGUGUUCCCGGAUUCCAGAAAAUUCCCCAAGAAGGAAGACCUGUUUGCUGCUUUAUUUGUGUUUUAUGCCCGGAGUCAGAUAUUUCAAAUCAAACAAAUGCAAAGCAGUGUAUCCAGUGCCCAGCUCAAGAGUAUUCAAAUAGUGAGAGAACUCAAUGUCUCCCCAAGCAUGUGACAUUCCUGGCUUUUGAAGAUGCUUUGGGGACAACCAUGGCCUGUAUGGCUUUGUGUUUCUUUGUCCUCACAGCUGUAGUUUUGGGAAUCUUUGUGAAGCACCAAGACUCUCCCGUUGUCAAGGCCAACAACCAGGCUCUCAGCUUUAUUCUGCUCAUCUCCCUCCUGCCAUGCUUCCUCUGCUCCUUGCUCUUCAUUGGCUACCCUAACACAACAACCUGUGUCCUUCAACAAAUCACAUUUGGCCUUGUGUUCACUGUGGCUGUUUCCACCAUUCUGGCCAAAACGAUUACCGUAAUUCUGGCAUUUAAGGCUAUGAAACUUGGGAGAAAAAUGAGGUGCUUGCUGGUAUCAGGGGCUUCAAAUUCUGUCAUUCCCAUUUGCUCCCUUAUCUAAAUUAUUAUCUGUGGAAUUUGGCUGGGAACAUUCCCAGAUGUAGACUCACACUCUGAGCCCAGAAACCUCAUCAUCAUGUGCAACAAGGGCUCAGUCACUGCCUUCUACUGUGUCCUGGGCUACCUGGGCUUCUUGGCUCUGGGGAGUUUCACAGUGGCUUUCCAGGCCAGGAACCUGCCUGACACAUUCAAUGAAGCCAAGUUCCUCACAUUCAGCAUGCUGGUGUUCUGCAGUGUCUGGGUCACAUUUGUCCCUGUCUAUCACAGCACCAAGGGGAAAUUCAUGGUGAUUGUGGAAGUCUUCUCCAUUUUGGCCUCCAGUGCAGGGCUCCUAGGCUGCAUCUUUGCCCACAAGUGCUACUUUAUUCUGUUAAGGCCUGAUAUGAGCUCUUGGAAAGCUUUAAAAAACAGAAGUGGUUUCAAAUAA